CAAUUAUACACAUUCUAUUACCAAUUUCCUCUUUGGUGUACAGUUUCCAUGCCUUUAUAGAUAUGACAAUGUCAGUAUAUUUAACAUUGUUUCAAUGCACGUUUCAGACAAACGUGCGUUCAGUGACAUAAUCAGUUGAACACAAUGUAAAUAAAUAUCUUACUGUUCACAUGCGUCAUUUUAGUAGUUUGUCUUUUCAAAGGCCGCAAAUAGGUAUGCAUGUAAUUGCUGCUAAUAAGAAACGCACACCUGCCCCCGAGGUCAAGAUGAGCAAUAUCUUUGUGGCCGGAAAUCCGAGUAAGAAAGCCAGGUGGACCCACAUUGAAUGGGAAUAACUGACAUUCGGAAAUGAAGCGUCUGAAGUAGUUUUUCAAGGAAGGCGCUACAAGAGAACAACAGUGACCGAGAAAAAAUUUGAAAUGGCUUUUUCAUACAUUGCUGUCAUCUGUGCACUUCUGUGCUGUGUCCGUUCGACAAUUUUAUCAGUGGACCAAAUUCCUCACAUCAUACCGCAUGAAGUGAUCGGCCGUCUGACCAGCACUUCCUUUGUGCUGAGCCAACCUCUCUGUUAUUUCAACAAUCAGAGGCAGCUUCCUUGCACUGUCAACACAUGUGAGAUAUGGUCCGUCAUUGCCUCUGGCUCAGGUGUGCACCAGUUUGACACAGACAAGGUCACUGAGGCAUCAAAGAUCCUCAGCGCUUCGCCGUACCCGGACGCCUUCCGAGGUGAGGGGCAGAAAAGGUAUUACAUCACCAAGCUGGGCGUCCCGAGGGACUUCCCCUGCGGCAACCUGCCAGGGAUCAGGUACUUUAAAGUGGGGGCUGAUGGGAACUGCUCCACCACCAACUGCAACGGGAUCCUGCCCGCAGGCUACACUGUCAGAGUAAAGUACAUCCUUAUUGAUCCAGUGACGAAAAUGGUGGCCUCUGAGUCAAAAUGGUCAAUCCCCAUCAUUCUUAUGACAUCCAGGAACAGCUCCUCCAUUGAUGUGUCGACAUGGAAACGCUCUGGGGCGAUGGUCGUGAUCACAGUCAUCCUUUCCUGCUCAAUGGCGGUGCUGACGCUGCUGCUGGUAGCUGUGUUGCUGGGCUGUGUAGGAUCUGUUCGGGGGAGGCAUGACAUCACCACAGAUCCGAAAUCCUUCAGUGAGCGAGGCUUCAGCACCAUUGGAAUCUACUCUCAGACUCCGGGCAAUGCACUCAGACCACGACUCAUUUAAGAUCAUGUGACAAUGCCCAGCCCAGGGGUGACAACACAGCAGACAUUUCUAACCUAGACAAGGAGAGAAAGGUCAUAUAAUGAUGAUAUUGAUUCAUUCCUUUCAUUGGCUGCUUUUCAAGGAUCUCAAAGUACUUUACAGUGUGGGGUAACUCAUCACAACUACAACCAUUUUUAUCCCACACCUGGGUGAUGCUCAGCAGCCAUUUUAGAUCAGGACUCUCAUCAGCUGAGGUAAAGAGAUAAGAGCUAAUUUAACCAAUUAUGCAUUUCAGUUUCUUAUUAAGUCCUCAUAAUCUAGUGUGAAUCUUUACUUUCCCUUUGCACCUGAAAUCAACCUUGAUGUUUAUGAAAUAUAAAGUGAUGUACUGUUGCUGCUCACCUGAAGGUGUUAAUGACUGUGACACAAUGACCUUUUACCCCAUGGUGUGUCAUUACAGUUCACCUGCUCUUGAGCACCUACUAUAUUUGUUUCUGAUGUAUGUGUGGAAAAAGUCUAAGUUUAUUUUAGAUCAAUUGGAACUCUUUCAUUUUUAUCAAAUAAAUCCACACUUUCCCGUUGCUUUUCUGAAUUGAUCUAGAUUUCUGUUGUCUAGAUGAUCUAUUGUUCUGAUAGUCGUAUUCAAAUAGUGUUUUGGCCAAUAUUUAGGGGUUCAAGUCCGAAGGGCUGAAACCCUAUUGUUUUUGCUUUUGUGUUGGUUUAUUAUUAAUCUUCUUCAGAAAUAUUUGUGCAAAUUCCCGUGAGAUGGUAAAUGGUAGAGACAUGAAAUUCUGCCCAUUGAUUGGAAGUUGUGUGCAAGUGCUGCCCAAGAAAUAUGACCCCAAUCGACCUGAUGGUGGCGCUAUAAUUAAAGGUCAAAAUUCUGAACUUUGACAAGUCAUAACUCCUACGCCGUGAGUCCGAUUUACACAUAACUUCCUACAGACAUCCAUCUAUCCUCACUCUACAAAUUUGCCGAUUUCCGCCAUUUAGAAUUUUUUGAAAAACACAUUUUUGACAUCUCUUCCUAAACCGUAGGUCUGAUUGCUACCAAAUUUUCUGUGGAUCAUUACUGGACCAAGCUUAUCAAAAGUUUGUUGAUAUCUUAUUGCGUUUUGAAGCUAUUGACCAAUGAACUUCAAAAGGACGUGGCUCAGCACAUAAAUAGACCAAAGUCAACAAUCGUUGGGCCAAACAUCACAAAACUUGCAGGAUAUGUCUACAUAAGUACCUGAAAAAUACCCUGAAUGUUCCAUUCAAAUCGACCACUAAGGGGUGCUAGAAAUGCAAAACAUGGCCGUGGCAUAACACAAAUCAGACUAUAAAUCAAAAAUUGUUUGUCCAAUCAUUACAAAACUCGCAGGAUAUGUUUCAUAACACUGUUGAACCACGUGUGUAAAACUAUUUUGAAAUCGCCCAAUAGGGGGCACCACCAGUCUACAAGCAAAGGUUGAAGGUCAAAACUCCUACGCCGUGAGUCCAAUUUACACGAAACUUGCUACAGACAUCCAUCUAUCCUCACUCUACAAAUUUGCCUCAAGAACCAUUAAUUAACUGACUUUAAGAGAGAGAGUUACUGACUGAGUGAGUUAGUGACAUUGCCGGUCAUAAAGGUGCUUCACAUCUAAAAAUGACCAUUCAAGAAUGUAAAUUGGAACUGGAUUUUGCUCGAAUGAGUAUAUAUGGGUAUAUCCUGCUAUUAUGUGACACCUCGAGUGUACCAGUAAAAUAAAUAACAAUUACAAACAUAAAUAUACACAUUAACUGUAAGUGUGUUGAAGGCUCCCUUUUCCCAAACCUCCCAUUAAAUAGUUUUCAUGCAGACACAAUCAAACUGUCAUUUAUUUAUUUAGUUCUUGUAUGAUAUGAUGACUAUUUUUCUUAUAGUUCUUGUAUGGCAUGAUGAUGAUGGUCCUAUGCUACUGUUAGUUUGUUGUGCAAUUAAAACCUUUUCAUUCAUUCAUUGAGAAUGAA